AUUUGUGUUUUAUGUUGUACAAAUUACACAUCAUGUACUAAAUGUAAUACUACAAAUUGUUUGGAAUGUUCCGAUAACCUUUUUCCAUAUGAAAACAAGUGUAUCGAUUGUAAAAAGUUCUUUGGUGAUUGCGCCAAGUGCACCACAGAUGUUUGUACGGUAUGUAAUACUAAAAGUUCAAUUGUUGGGUAUAAAUGUUUGAAUUGUAGUACAUACAACACACAAUGUUUGACAUGUGAUUAUGAAAAAUGCACAGACUGCUUAGCUCCAUAUACUUUAUAUAACAAAAUGUGUUACAACUGCAAUGCUUUUUCUAAUUGCCAAAACUGCACAACUGACACAUGUAAAGUUUGUAAGAAUGGAUAUGGUCUCACCACAAUAAACACAUGUAUUUCAUGUUCUACAUUUGGUGGUCAAUGUAGUAAAUGUACUGGAGACAAAUGCAUUGAAUGUAGCCAGAAUUACUUUUUAAAAGAAGACAACACAUGUGCUAGUUGUGAUAAAAUGGAGGGGUGUAGUGUAUGUCAGUCUACUGGCUGUUUACAAUGUUCUGAUGGAUAUUUCAAAGUUGGAAAUACAUGUCAGAAAUGUAUCAAUGAUUGUAUGACUUGCACAAAUAAUAUGACUUGUGAUAAAUGUUCCAAUGAUACACUAUUUUAUAAAGAAGAUGAAAUGAAAUGUACUACGUGUCCAACUGAUAACUAUUACAAGAAAGAUGGGAUUUUAUGUAAAAAGUGUUAUGCUGAGUGUAAAACAUGUGACACUUUAAGCAUAUGCACAACAUGUAUUGAUGGGUAUUAUAUGGCAUCUGAUGAUUUUUGUUACACGUGUACAUCUAGAAAUUGUUUGACGUGUACAAUUGAUUCUUGUGAGACGUGUUUGCCCCGGUAUGUACUUAAAGAUCACAAGUGUGUAUUAUGUAACGAAGUAGAUAAAACAUGUUUAAAAUGUCAUACCUAUAAUAACGAACAAGUUUGUGAUGAGUGUAUUUCUGGGUAUUGGCUUGAGGAUAAUAAAUGUGUGACCUGUGAAGGCUGUGGUGACAAAGGAUGUUCCAGAGAGAACAAAAAGUGUUAUAAUUGUCCCCAAUAUGAUCAAGUUUUAAUCAAUGGUACUUGUGUCAGAAAUACAUUGUGUGAUAUGACUGAUAAUAAUAAUAUUUGUAUACAAUGUGUAUAUCCAUAUAUAUUAGUUGGGGGAACAUGCAUUAAAAGUGUAUCACAAACAACAAAUGGCGUGGUGAAAUACACAGAUUAUUACAUUAAAGGCUCUGAUAUUGGCUGUGAUUUAAUUAAAGAUCAACAAUGUGAGACAUGCAAAAGUGACCGAUAUUUAAAUGAUGGUGUUUGUUUGAAAUGUGAAGAAAUCUAUCCCAAUUGUAUUUCAUGUCAAAGUGACUUGACAACAAAUAUAAAACAAGUGAUAUGUAACACCUGUCAAAUUGGUUACUUUCCAGAAAUUCAAUGUAAGUCGUGUGAAUUGAUAUAUGGCUGUAAAGAGUGUUUCAACGUCUUAAAAAAUGAUUCAUUGCAUGCAAAAACGUGCACCAAAUGUCAAGACACGUUUAAAUUCAACAACGGCAGUUGUGAAAAAGUAGCACAUUGUAUUCAAGGAAAUGAAGACAUAUGUACACUUUGUGAAAGAAAUUACGUUGUGUCGGGUUCGGGGUGUAAACCAUGUGGUGAAGUGUAUGACAAUUGCAUAGAAAGUGACAAUGACAUCUGCACCAAAUGUGAUUCUUCACAUUAUCUAGACAGUGAUGAUUUAUGUAGUCUUUGUACCAUUCCAAAUUGUGUCGAUUGUAAGCCAAAUGGUGAGUGUAAUAAAUGUGAAACUAAUUUCACACUUGGAACAACCUUAAUGAAUUGUGUUUCUUGUGACACCAUAGAUUCAUGUAGUUAUUGUGAUCCAACAAAAAUAAUGACAUGUUCAAUAUGUUCUCCAACAACCUUUAAUGUCAAUGGAAUCUGUCAGACUUGUGGCUCAAUAGAUAAUUGUGAAGCUUGUUCAUCGCCAUCAAAAUGUGAUAAAUGUGUGUUGGGCUUUUAUCCCGAAACCAAUAUGUGUAAAUCAUGUUUGAAUAUCGAAGGGUGUAAAGAUUGUUUAAAUUCAGAAAAGUUGUGCACAUCGUGUCAAGAUGGGUAUCUCAUGGAAUCUAAUGUAUGUCAAAAAUGUAGUAAUUUCUUCGACCAUUCUGUCUAUUGUACACAAAAUGAAGCAACAAAAUGUGAACCUGGUUAUUUCAUUAAACAUGGGAGGUGUUCUGGAUGUGAAUCUAUUUAUGGAUGUAUCGAAUGCACUUCAGAUAAUAAUUGCACCAAAUGCGACACUGAGUUAACAUUGAUUGUUAAAAAUGGAGUAUCUCAAUGUACUGAUAACUGUGGAAUUGACAAUUGCAUAAGUUGCAACGAAGACAACACAUGUAAACAAUGUUCUUUACCAUACACAUUAAGUGAAGGUAUAUGUAAAUAUUGUUAUGAAGCAAAUGAGCAUUGUGGACUUUGUUCUGUUGAUGGGAAAUGUACUACUUGUGAGUCGAAUGAAUAUUUCCUUGAAAAUGGAAAGUGUCUCAAGUGUAAUUUGAAAACCGGAUUUGACAAU